CCCAGCUGCUAUAAAACGAAGCCAGCACUCAGGCGUGCAUGUCCUCUGUCAAUUCUGUUUCGGGGAGACCUGGUGGGGCAACUCCUUGGGCAUCAUGCCGACGGAUCUGGAGAAUGCUAUCAACUCCCUCAUUGAUGUCUACCACAACUACUCCCUGCUUAAAGGGAAUUACCAUGCCAUCUAUAGGGACGACUUGAAGAAAUUGUUAGAGACAGAGUGUCCUCAGUACCUGAAGAAAAAGAAUGCAGACGCCUGGUUCAAAGAGUUGGACAUCAAUGAGGAUGGUGCUGUUAACUUCCAGGAGUUCCUCAUCCUGGUGGUCAAGGUGGGCCUCUUGGCCCAUGAAGACAUCCACAAGGAGUAGCAGAGCUAUGGCCCCUGGGGCUGGCCCCUGGACUUGUCCCUGCAGAACAAUAAAGUAGUUGAUACCUCA